AUGACGCUGGAACGCGACAUUCCAAAGGGCGAAUGGCUAGUUGUCAGUGCUCUGCUUGUCAUGCUUCUAGAAAAAGGCAAGAAGUCGACAGGUUUUACAGAGCACCACCACAGCCGAGAGGCACAGACGGCAGUUUUGUCAGCUCACGAUACCGCCCCGGCUACUUUGCUGCAUGGCUGUGCUGGUGGGCCCCCUCCCCCUCCCCCUUUUCUCCUGCUGCUGCUGCUGCUGCUGCCGGUUGGGGGCUCCCUGAGCAGGCUGGAGCAGAUCAGUCGUGGCUGCAAGACAUGGAAGAGCAGCACACUACGACCGCACGAAGUUUGCUGUGAGGAAUGUCACCCGGGCAACCGGCUGGUCUCGAACUGCGGCGCCAUCCCUGAUACUCUUUGCAUUCCGUGUGAGAACGGAACCUACACACAGAAGCCCAAAGACUACAAGUGCUCCAGGUGCACUCAGUGUGAAGGGGCCCAAGUUCUGGUGAAGAAAUGUACAGCCGCGACCGACACACAGUGCGGAUGUAAGGAAGGCCUGAUGUGUGGCGACGAGCGCUGCUCCUUCUGUCGCAAAAAGUGCGGCAAAGGCGAGGAGCCCACUGAGAAACGUUCUUGCAGAACAUGUCCCAAUGGGACCUUCAAUGACCAAAUGCAUCAGAAGUGUAAACCCUGGAGUAUCAAGUGCGCCAAGCCACACGAAAUGAUUGCGGCCAGGGGCGAUGCCUUCACCGACAUAAAGUGCAUCAAUGUUUCACGCAGCACUCUGAAACGAGCCGAAUCCAACGGCAGCGACUUUGUGUGGCCGCUGGUCUGGUCUGUGUUGCCCAGCGUGUGCCUGUUGGCCUUGAGCAUCGCGCUUAUCGUUGCCGUGUUCUGCCGCAUGAGAAGAAAGAAGGAAAAAGUCCAAAUCACUCCGGUGGUAAGCACAGAUGAUCCCAGGACAUUAAUAGCAAUCGAAUGCAGUUUUCAUGAAGCCCAGGAAGAGCAGGGCAGCAGCUCGGAGUCUUUAGCCUCCAAAACAUCCCGGGACCAACUUGUGGUGUGACUGAAAUGACAUUUCUCCACUUGACGGAAGAAAACAAACUUUGUGUACAGUGUCCCAUCUUUGUUGUACAGUAUGUGCUCUGUCCUUUUAUUGCUUUGUGGGUGGAACAUUUCAGUCAGUCAGACCGGCAAGCAAGCGGUGGUGGCACGGCCUGAGUCCAGGAUGCAAAAAAAUAGGGGAGGAAGGGGAAUCCUGGGGGAAGCUCAAAGUCUCUCACGCAUCUUCCCAAUUACAUUCAAGUUGAAGGCAGCACACCCAAUCAACAGAUGAAUGGCCUGCCUUUGUGUGACGUCUGUUCUUUGUUUGCCUUGAGCAAAGCGGAACCAUUCUGCGGUUGUGAACCGCUGCCUUGGCGCAUUUGAUGAACCUGAUACAGUAUAAAAGGAUACAGGAAAUAGGGCUUCUUAGUGCCCUUUGUUCCGCAUUUCAAUGUGUUUAAUACAGUAACUGCGUGUGUGGGUUGGUGUUUUGGGAACCAUAUUUUGUGCAAGACUCCAGGUGCAAGCUGGGACUCGCUCGCUCGCAUGCCCACAAGUCAAACAUUCAAUGGGAUUGCCUCCAAGCUCAUUGUGGGGAUCUUUAUCUUCAGUUUUUCUGAGAUUCUCAUCAGGAUAAAGCGGGCUACAAGGAUGGAUGGAAGGUUGGAGAUUGCGUUUAAAUGGUGGUAGAUCAUUUAGAUUUAUUGUAAAUGCUGCGCUUGUUUUUAACGCCUCCAGGAAAAUGUGACACACAUCACUGCUGAACGGGUCAGACAAAAUACGGAAACCCCCCCAGCCCCCAUGACAUCAUCCUGUACUUAAAUUGUCGACUGGCAUUUGAGUGGGCACAGAGCUGCAACAUCACAGCAAGGGGAAUUUUCUUUUAGUCAACGUAUCUUAGCGUUGCAUGAAUGUAUUUGUAUUUUUUAUUUUAAGCAGAAAUGGAACAUUCACAAAAUGUCCCGCGUGGGUCACAAAAUCGAACUCUUACACAUACUGUAUGGCAUUCUAUCAACGUAUGUUUGACAUUUACAGAAUUCAUCUUUUACUUUGGUGUGUCAUGAGAUUGAGAAAAUAAAGUAUUCCUUUAAUUGAGUA